UAAUUUAUAAUUUUUGUUAUGAAAUAGUGCAUAUUGUAUUCUGGUUUAGUCUAGAUAGGUGUUGAUUUUAUUUAUUCAGGAUGCAGUUAAGUCUCCAACUGGUAUUCUUGUUUCUCGUCUUGAUAUUUGGUGUAAUAUCGAGUGAUAAUAUUUGCGACCUGCCGAAAGUCGUUGGUUCAUGUCGUGCAUCGAUACAAAGAUUUCAUUAUGAUGUUCAAACUGGGCGUUGCAAAAGGUUCUUCUAUGGUGGUUGUGAGGGCAACAAUAAUAAUUUCAAAACAAGACGAGAUUGUGUUACUGCAUGCAGAAAACGAGUGUGCACACUACCAAAGCUGAUUGGGGAAGGUCAAUCAUCUAUACCAAGAUGGUUUUACAAUACCAAGUCAAUGCAGUGUGAAGGGUUUAUAUAUGGUGGACGACGAGGCAACAGGAAUAAUUUUAGAACCAAAAGACGAUGCGAGCGACUUUGUAAUGGCGUUAUGAAAGAUCCAUGUGGACCAAAUCCAGGUUGCGCUCCCCCUCCGCCAGAUACCUGUCCAGGCUCUAGUUAUGAAAUUAUAAAUGGUGAAAAAUGCUUUACUGGAUGCACAUAUCCAAAGUGUAAAAAGGGUUCCUGUCCAAGCAGUCAACCGUUGCUUCCAUGUGGUUUUAGAUGCAAUAACGAUCGCCAAUGUACAGGUGAUCAACUGUGUUGCCAACAAGGAUGUUGUCGGGAUCCAAUUUUAGAACCAAAAAAUGGGGAUUGCCCUAAAGAUCCGAGACCACGAAAUUGUACUCUUAGACCGUCUGAAUGUAAUUUAGAUGGUCAAUGUGAUGGACGACGGAAAUGCUGCAAAUUUGGAUGUCGAAAAUAUUGUGUGGACGCUGAAGAUCAACAUGAAGUUAUUGUAAUUAAAAACGUUUAAAAUUAAAAUUUCCUUAAUUUUAGCUUGAAG